GACGGCGAGCGGGUGGAACUUUGCAUGCUCGAUAAAACGGAACCGGAUUUAAUGCAUUUUACAGCUUAGGCUAUAGCUGGAGCUCCGGUGAGGGGAGGCUGCACGCUUUAAAGGUCUGAAAAGCUAAGCAAACAUGAGCGACAAGGGGACAGUUUCACCGAAAGAGAAGGAGGCAACGGAGAAGAGGGGGCGUGGAAGACCCCGCAAGCAGCCCCAAGUGAAGACCUCUGACGAACCAAGUGGGUCCCCUACUCCAAAGAGGCCCAGGGGACGGCCGAAGGGCAGCAAAAACAAGGCAGCCAGCAAGGGCAAGAAGGCAACAGCAUCCCCAUCUGUUGGGGGGAAACGCAGGGGAAGACCUAAGAAGGAGGAGAAGGAAGAAAAGGCAUCCCAGGAAUCAUCGGAGGAGGAGGAAGAUGAAGAAGAGGACCAGUAAUUCACAACGCAUGCUACCUCACUCAACAUACUGACUUACUGUUAACCAGAACUGGGCUGUAUCUCCAACACCAGUGCCACCACAUGACCACUGUUCACGACAAAGCCCUCUUUGCCAAAAAGGAGGGUUAACACAGUACAAAUAUCAUGCAACAGCACUGGAUAGAACGAUGGACCUUGCUCAAGCAUAGAUCUAAGAAUUACAUGAAAGGUAACAGCCCUUUUCUCUACAUGUCACGUUAUCACAAGUCUUUUAUACUGGACAAAAGUGUGCUCUCAGGAGCCUGGACAUUUCCGUCCCCCCC